CAAAGCUCGUCAUCGAUAUAUUUACAUUUUCAUUACGUCGCACAAAUUCGCAGCGAGUGACGACAACAACAAAACUGCCAGUUCGUCUUCUCCCUUUGUCACGCGAUCACUGAAACAUUGCUGAUCGAACGACUAUUAUUAAUUAAUGGAAUAAAAAGUCGAGGAUUUGUCGUUUUCGCAAUUUUGCUUCACAGCACCAAGAUGCCUACAGCCAAGAAAAGUAAAGAAGAUGCAAACAAAGAAGCCUAUAGUAUAGAUACUUCACAGAAAGCCAAGUCCUUCUUAGAGAAAGUCAUGGGUGAUGUGAGUAAAUCAUCGGCGACCAAACAGAUUAUCAUUGGCAGUACAUCAGGAUGGGUAACUGGAUUUGUCACUAUGAAGAUUGGAAAGGUAGCAGCCUGUGCGGUUGGUGGUGGAAUCAUCAUGCUGCAAAUUGCUGCACAUCAAGGUUACAUAAAUAUCAAUUGGGACAAGAUCAUGACAAAAGCUGAAAAAAUAUCAGACAAGGUGGAGGAAAAGAUUACCGGCGAAGGGCCACAUUUUAUGGACAAGGUUGAGAGAUGCGUUGAUAAAAAGCUGGAUAAAGCUGAGCGAUUGGUAAAACAAGGAAAGACUCGCGUACGACGCUGGUACCACGUGUUGACCGGCAACGAGGAAACCUUCCAGACAACGGAAUUCCAUUUCUUUCUAGUCUCCUUUGUGGCGGGAGUCGCGCUCGGUGUCGCUACUGCUAACUAGGUAAUAAGUUGCUGCACUCUGAACGCAACCAAGAGAAAGAUCGACAUCUACGUCGCAUCGAAGGACAGUUGUUCCACUACUAUUGACGCACACGACAAGGUCGUCGACGAGUAUAAUAACACAAUUAUGGACGAGGUAAGAAACAAGAUCAACGUGCUGAAGAAAUGGGUGGCACGAACUACGCUUAAUAAUCCUAGAUAAAUAGCUUUAUUUUUUAGUUUGUCAUUGAUGUUAGCGAUGAAUAAAACUUAUUCACGUCCUUCAGAACUGCUUACAACAUAAUUUUCCUUUUUUGUAAUUAUAAAAUUUUCAAUUUUGUAAUUUUUUUCAAGAUUAAUAUGUAGAAUAAAUUUUACUCAUCGUUAUCAUCUCUAGAAUUGAUACAUCAAACAAAUGAAAGUCUUUUAUGUUUUUUUGAUGUAUAUAAUUUAAAAAAUGAAUUUAUAUACUAGUCAGAUUUAUUGAAAUCUUAUAGACAUAUUGCUUUGAUAUGUUGUUUACUUUAUAUAUUAUACCCUUUACACAAUUUAUGUGCGGUUUGAAAUAUUUCUUACGAAAAGAAAUUUUAGAAACUCUGCAAUUUUGCUGUCACCAUUUGCAUGGAACAUGUGCAAACCAAAAAUGUAUAACGUGUGCAUAUGAUAUAAAGAUUUCUUGUUCGUUCAGAAUGCAGCAAGAAAUUAGUCAUUUUAGGUAAACGUUAGUAUAAUAUAUUGUAUACUACUGAUUAAUAUUUUACGUAAAAGAUUGUGAUUCCAAUUUUUUUUCUUAUUAUAUACUUAAUUUACUAAUCACAGUAUAUUUCCAUCGCAUUGUUUAUACUUAUACAAACGUUUACAUGUAUUAUCUACAAUAAAUAUUAUUUAAGA